AUGCUGGAUCGCGAGGUAGUUGAAAUUGCGGAGAAAGUUGCAGAGCUGCUGGUCGCGAAAAAUGCCACAGUCGCCGUGAGCGAUGCCGCGUGUGGCGGUCUCAUUGGCGCCUAUCUUGUAGCAGUGCCCGGGGCCUCGAAGUUUUUCGUAGGAUCGCGCACUGCCUACACCGUAAAAUCUAGAUUAACCUUGUCUGGUUGGUCGCAGGAUGAAAUAAAUAGCUAUACGGGCCCCAGCGAAGAGGUUGCCGCGAGAAUGGGCCGAAGACUAAGACUUGAACUGGGUGCUACAUACGUCCUGGCUGAGACGGGCUGGGCUGGACCUUCUGCCGACGAAAACGGCCAAGUGGGUAGUGUAUACCUCAGUGUUGCUGGUCCUACUGGAACUGUGUCCAAAAAAGCUUCCACUGGGCUGCAGGAUCGGCUCGAAAAUAUGGCGGCUUUCGCUCGGCUCGCUCUUGAAUAUCUACUGGAGCAGCUGUCUGCAUCGACGUAA